AUGGGUAAAUCUAAGCAGAAUCACCAGGAGAGAGUGUUGUUAGACCUUCUAAACUCCCCUGUUAAUAGAAACAAAUGUGGAGAAUGUAAAGCACAUGACCCUACUUGGGCUUCAUGGAACUUGGGUGUUUUCUUAUGCGGGAGAUGUGCUAGUGGUCACCGUUCACUUGGUCGCCACAUUUCCCGUGUGAAAUCAUUGUCAAUGGAAAACUGGAGUAAACACGAACUGGAUGUUUUAGGGAGAAUUGGAAAUAAGCGCAACAACCAAUUUUGGAAUGAGAAGAGUAUCCCAUUCACGUUUGAAGCGGAUGACAAAGACGAGUUGGUGAUGUGGUUGAGACGUAAGUAUACUGGUAAGUUCAGGUACGGUCCGGUGACAGACAAGGACUACAAUUUGGACGACGAUUGGGGCGACAGAACAGAUGAUUAUGGCUUUGAUAAAAUUAAAACCUCUAAGCGUGGCUAUUUCACUAGUUUGUCAUCGGACAACAUUGGUCCAACGAGAUCGAUGAGAAGGGCGCAAGAAAGAAGCAUGAGCUAUGACGGCGAAGACUAUGGUUAUGAUGAUGACUAUCCUAGUAGAAAUAGACGCGGAAGCGCCAGAAGCUCUGCCUCCCCUGUUCAUACCUCAUCCUCAUCUUCAGUUGGAAGGUCAAUGAGGCUCACAUAUAGACGGCCAACGGAUACUGAGUAUAGAAAAUAUGGAGAUAUGAGUAGAAAAAUGAAGUACGAUUUGGGAUAUGAAGACGAAGAUAGUAAUAUUGAAGCUUUAUCGAUGACCCAUGGUAAUAUUCCAAAGGCAGUUGAGAUUCUGAAGCAAAAUGGAUCAAAACCAAGCAAUGCCAACAAUUCACGAUCCUCAGUUUCAUCUUAUUCUAACAGAGUUGAACCCAAUAAAACUCCUUCGUUACCUGCCAGAAAACAAGAAACUGGUGCCAUUUUUGAUUCCAGUAAGGCUGGAGGUUUCAACUGGUUGGAUGAUACUGUGUCUACAAGUGUUACAACCAUGGAUACAGGAAAUGCAGCAGAUAACAACAUCUACCAAUAUGUGGAUCCUACUACUGGUAACGUCUACUAUAUUGACGCCCAGGGACAACAGUAUAUUGAUCCAAGCCAACAACAACAAAUGCAACAAUUUGAUAAUACUAUGAUUCCUCAACAGCAAAUCCAGCAACCUAUGGCUCCUCAACAAACAGUGAAUCCUUUUCAGCAACCCAUAAUGGGUGGUGUUCUUCCUCUUCAAGGACAACCUGAUUUAACCUUGAACCAACUGCAACAGCAACAGCUACAACAACAGCAACAGCAACAGAUUCAAAUGCAAAUUCAAAUGCAGCAAACGCAUCAGCUCCAACAACAACAACAACAACAACAACAACAACCGUUUUUCAACGGUUACUAA